GAAUUUUUUUCCUAAUAGCCAGCGCGAUAAUGAAGCUUAACUUAUGACCAACAUCAGGCGCAUCGUAGUGCUCAUAUCAGGCUCAGGAACAAAUCUUCAGGCUCUGAUCGAUGCACAAAAUACACCGCUACUCCCCAACACCCAAAUAACUCUUGUUUUAUCGAAUCGUAAAGCCGCGUAUGGUCUGACCCGGGCACAACACGCAAUUCCCCCGAUUCCUACCGCGUACCUCGCAUUGCAGCCUUAUCUCAAAGCUAGUCCAGGCAAAACACGGGACGAUUACGAUGCUGAAGUUGCGAAGAUCGUGUUGAAGGAGAGUCCAGAUCUCGUAGUGCUUGCUGGCUGGAUGCAUGUCUUUGGAGAUGGCUUCCUUGACCUGUUAUACGGCGUCAAGACGGACACAGAUUCCUCGCGACGACCUAUCCCGGUAAUCAACCUUCAUCCCGCAUUACCAGGAGCAUUCGACGGUACUAAUGCCAUUGAACGUGCCUACGAAGCCUUCCAAAAAGGUGAAAUUAAACACUCUGGAGUUAUGGUGCAUAAGGUUGUGAAAGCGGUUGAUCGAGGAGAACCGUUGAUUGUCAGGGAAGUUCUGAUUGAAGCAGGGGAACCACUGGAGUCAUUUGAGGAGAGAUUACACAAAGUUGAACACGAGAUCAUUGUUGAAGCCACAAAAUAUAUGCUCGAUGCAGUAAAGCCUAUCUAAAUUGAUUCAUCAAGCAUGAGGCUACAAGACGGAUUGUUCCAUAGCUGUAACUAUCGGCGAUGUCCUUUGUCGGCGGAACGCUGGAGAUUCCGUAUGUUAGGAGAAUCCGUUCUGUCGCGCUCGGUGCAUCCGCGCGCCAUAGGAACAAAGUAGUUUGCAAUACGAUACAUACUAUCCAUCUAUCUACUUAUCGUUAUCGACAGCAUAUGGAUCGCUCUGAACCACCUGAAAUUAUCGACUACCAAAUAUUCACCUCCGUGACAGAGUUAUUCGAUCGUUCAUCUUUAUAUGAUGAUACGUU